GGGGUGUGGUUUAAGGGUUAUAAUGAGGUUACGUAAUGAAAGGAGACGUGACCACGUUGGGCAAUGGUACAAAUGAGUCAGAUAACAGGAACUCACUGAACAUUUCGUUUCUUCUUCUCACGUUAUCUCUGACAGACAGCACUCUGUCGCCGAGCCUCUGCUCUCUGCGGACGUACAAAGUGUGAGCUCCUUUAGUUUAAAUGCUGCGGUCAACCGGGGAGGACACGUUCAGGAAGUCGGUCACAAAGCGAAGAAUGUGAAAAGCGAAAGGAUGUGCUCCACGGAAAACAACCCAGAGCUGCAGCCGACAUCGUCCGACCCGGCUCUCCUCCUGGAGCUGAAGACCAGGCGACCUCCGUCCUUGGUGGAGAGAGCUGGAUGUGAGACCUGGAGUGUUGACUUCUCUCCGGAUGGAGCUUGGUUCGCCUGGUCCAUGGGACACGGGAUCGUCUGGGUCGUCGCCUGGCCUCUCGACUCCGAAGAAAGUCAAAAUGGAGAGACUGACAGAGGAGACAAAAGCUUCAGUUGUGGUCACCCAGUGUGGGGGCUCGCCUUCGGGCCCAGACCUCCGAAAUCAAAUGCAACAGCGUGUCCGACUAAAACACGAUCAAAAGGGAAAAACAGCCUGCUUCUGGCCACGGGCUUGGAGAACGGGGUGAUCAAAAUCUGGAAUGUUUUAACAGGCAGUGCUGUUUUUGAUCUCCACGGCCAUGAAGGGGUUGUAAGGGACCUGGUGUUUCCUCAGAAUGGGACGCUCACACUCAUAUCAUCCUCUCGGGACAAAACUUUGAGGAUAUGGGACCUGGCUCAUAAAGGGAAAAAGGUGCAGGUGCUUUAUGGCCAUAAAGACUGGAUCAGUUCCUGCUGCGUAUCAUCUGACUGCAGCAUGAUUGCGUCUGUCGGGAGAUUUGACAGGAUGGUGUGUCUGUGGAGUCUACGUUCAUAUACAUUCAUCAGGAACCUGACAGGAGGGGCCCACAAGACCGUGUACCUCCUGUCUUCUUGUGACUUCUCUCCUGACGGGGCAAUUCUCGCCACUGCAGCCUUCAGCGGCUCCAGUUGGUGGAUCGACCUCUGGGACCCAUACACAGCAGAGAAGCUGGCCACUCUGGCUGACUACUUUGAAGAUUAUGGGCAAAACCAAAUAUCAGCAAUACAGUUCUCUCCAAACGGUCUGCACUUGACACUUGUGACAGACGACAGAGCUCUUAGGAUUUGGGAGCUGGGGGAGAAAGGGAUGGUGAUGGAGACGAAAAGAGACAGAGACUCUAACGGACUGUGCUGCAAGUACCAUCCACAAGGGGGAGUUGUUGCUACGGGAACCAGAGAUGGCCACGUGAGGUUCUGGAGGGCACCCAGUGCGGUGCCCAGCUUGUGCCACCUGUGUCGAUCUAUCCUGCGCCACUCUAUCUCCACGCACCAGAUUGAGGCGCUGCCCCUCCCCAAGAGGAUCCUCGAGUACCUCACCUACAAAAACAUCCCAGAACGCCUCAAGUCCUGCUGCUCCUCAGAUGAAGAGGAGUGGGAAAGUUAAAUAGGAACUUUAAAAACAAAUAACUGACAUUUCCAGCGAUGUAUUGCCUUGUAUUUUCUGAUAACAAAUGCUUUUGAAAGGUUGAAGCAGAUUAAGCAUAUUUUAAGAUACUUUAGAUGCAACAUUCCUGCACUAAGAUUUCAUUUAUUGCACUACUGCGGUACUAAAAAGCAUACAUUCAGUGUUCACAUUGUUGACUUGAAUAACAGUUUUAUACUAUUAAUUUAUUGUGUAAAUAUCAGAUAUAUAUAAUUUCUAAUUCCUGUGUUUACCAUUAUAUGCACUGCUAAUGUACUGGCACAUUAAUAUUACAGCAACUGGACUUAUAAGAAAGGGUUUUAUUAAACUGAUUAAAACAUA